UAUAUAUUUAUUUCUUUUGGCCAUAUAAGUCGGGGCAAAUAAUGCUUCGACUUGGGUCGGUAUUGCGCAAUCUUCAGCUGUCGGUGCGCAGUCAUGUGGCAAGGAGAUAUGCUCUGGUAUCCGCCAUGCCAAUUCGAGUGACGUCUCUUGAGCAAAAGCAGACUCCCAUAUUGGAUGUGGCUUACUGUGAGGACAAAUUACCCAUUGAUAAAGCGGUUGGUAGACAUUACAGCAAAUCGUUAGAGGACGAUGCCAAAAAAGUUGCCAAGGAUGUGACCAAGGACGUUGCCAAGGCCUCCAAGGGAGGUGGUGGCGAUUCCAAGAAGCCGCCGAAAUCGAUGCCAAAACCUAAACCAAAAGAAGAGCGGUUCAAAACCUUUGAGAUUUAUCGCUGGAAACCCGGUGAUCAGCCCACAAUGCAGAAAUAUAGUCUGGAUCUCAAUGAUUGUGGUCCCAUGGUACUCGAUGCUCUCGUCAAGAUCAAAAAUGAUAUGGAUGCGACUUUAACUUUUCGUCGCUCCUGUCGUGAGGGCAUUUGUGGCUCCUGUGCGAUGAAUAUCGAUGGCAUCAACACGUUGGCGUGCAUAUCGGCUAUCGAUACGAAUGUGGGAAAACCCUGUCGGAUUUAUCCUCUACCUCAUUUAUAUGUGAAGCGUGAUCUUGUCCCAGACUUGUCUCAAUUUUAUGAUCAAUACCAAUCCAUACAACCUUGGCUGCAGCGCAAGAAUCUGGAUCGAGAAAUCGGCAAGGCACAAUAUCUGCAAGCAAUCGAGGAUCGCAAUCAGUUGGAUGGACUGUAUGAGUGUAUCUUAUGCGCCUGUUGUCAGACCUCAUGCCCGUCGUACUGGUGGAACAGUGAGAAAUAUCUGGGACCUGCUGUUCUAAUGCAGGCAUUUCGUUGGGUCAUCGACUCGCGUGAUGAGAAUACCGAGGAGCGUCUCUGUCAUCUGAUGGAUCCGUGGAAGCUCUAUCGAUGCCACACCAUUCUCAACUGCACAAACACAUGCCCAAAGAAUCUGAAUCCGGCCAAGGCCAUAAUUCAGCUCAAACAGUUGCUGGCAGGCAUGAAGAAGAAGCCAAAACCGAAGAUGCAAACUGAUCAAAUGUUUCCCAGCCAAAUGUAGAGUAAAUGCAAUUUCGGUUUUUAGCACAUAACACAUAUUUUGUUCACGUAGAUAAGGUUACUACACAUACACAUACACAUGCAUAUAAACAAACAUGUACACAUACUUAUACAAAUACACACUUAUAUAUACAUACAUAUACACAUAUAUAUCCAUGGAUACCUAAGAUAAAGGGAUAUUAGAUAUACAGCACUUUUGUUGGACAUAACGUUUCCGGGACUUUACAUAACCUAAAUCAUCAUUCAUGUUUAAAACUAAUUUGUAGCAAUGUCAGUUCUAAAUUUUUAUCAUAAGAAAGACUGAGCUAACAAUACAAAAAUACUCAUAAACAAAUAACAAAAAAAUACAAAAUACAUUAAAGUUGGGACUUUUUAAUGGAACAGUUACUAUUCUUCAAACCGUUCUACACAACACAAUUUUCUUUUUGUUUUCGAUGGCUCCAAUCGAAUAUGUUUGACACAUGAAUAACUUGAUUUAAUGUUAACCAACUAAGUUAUCUACACAUACGAUUAGUUAUUUUAUAUCGAAUUAAAUGAACCGAUUACAUGUAAUAAAAAAAUCUAUAAAUAAAAAACAA